CUAGAUACCACGCAGAAGCAAAUCCGGUUGCUUCGACUCCGACACAGAGCCCAUCACGGGCACUUACCACAAUAUGAGCUCCACACCUUCGACCUGGAAAACGCGCCGAAUUACAUCGCAUUGUCGUACACUUGGGGCCCCGCGUUCCCCAACUACCCCAUCCGCGUCAACCGCCGCAAGCUCCACAUCCGGGCGAACCUGCACGCGUUCCUCCAGGGCUUCGCGGGGCGAGGCUACAUCUGGAUCGACCAGAUCUGUAUCGACCAGUCGAACCCGGAGGAGAAGAACCACCAGGUGCGCAUGAUGGCGCAGAUCUACCGCGACUGCGACUCGAUGAUCAUCUGGCUGGGCAGCAAAGACCAUGCCUUCCGCGAGGCCGCCGACGAAUUCAUCUACAAGCAGCGGCCUCACUCGCUCAGCGUGCUGCUGCACGACGACUACUUCACGCGUCUGUGGGUCGUGCAGGAAGUGCUGCUCGCCCGCGCCGUCCGCAUCAUCUGCCGCGGCAUGUCGGGCCAUGUCGAAAUCCCGUGGAACGACGUGCACGCCGUCGCCACGGGCAGCGCGCGCUGGCUGCAGCAGCACGGCCACACCAAAGCCGUGCUCGCGCUCAUCGCCAACCAGGGCAUGAACCGCUACGAGGGGCUGCGGCUGACCAUCGCCCGCUUCGCCGGCUACGAGUGCGAGAACCCGCGCGACAAGGUGUACGGGCUGCUGGGCAUCGUCAAGCCCAAGGAGCGGCUGGAAGUCGACUACACAAAGUCGGUGCAAGACGUGUUCCUGGACGCGGCGCGC